CCGCGUGGACAGGGGGAUGGAUUGACUCGUUUUCCGUUCCCACAUCCUAAGAUGCGUCAUGGUGAAGGUGAACACAUUUGCCGUUUUUCCGGAUGCCCUGCUUUCACUUAGGCUAUAUACAUAUGCAUAUUGUUUAUACUUGUUGUGAUAAUCUUCUGCAUUCAGUAGCUGUGACAUACAAUAGAGAAAGGAGUGUCUCAUUCAUUUCGCUUAAUUCAUUUAAAAUGUCACUUAUUUCACUUGUAUAUAUUCUUACCGUCGUUUAGUUUUCGUUUGUAAUAUUGAUUUACUGAUAAUGUAGGGUGAAAUCUCUUUUAAGAUCUUGAAGUUUCAUCGAAAACUUUAUGUGUAUUUUCCAGUCGAUUGUGAUCCUGUUGCUCGAAUGGGCUCUUCGUUGAGUUAUUUCGGCCGUGUGCGUUAAGUGUAAUGUUUUAUUACUAAGCCGAUUGCACAGUCAUGACGACAUGGGCUGAAAGGUUGCUUAUCCCCUUUAUCCGAAAGUUGUAGGUCCUGAAUACCAGAGAAUGUCACAACAAUGCAAAAGACGGAAGUAUUAGCCACAGGAACAAAUGCCCCGUGAACAAUGACAUUUUGUCCGUUCUCUAAGAAACGGGUGUUUCUAUAUAAAGCGACAGGAAGACUGGGGCUCCAGGGCAGAUGUCAGAACUGAAAUGAAACGGAACGAAGGGGAGAUGAUGUGGGGCUUGUGUUUGCCAGAAGCGACUUUCACAAACUGACCCACAGUUAUGACUUUCUGAAGGGUGUUCUGUAGUAUCGCCAUUCACUCUGCCAAAGGCUGAGGACUCUUAGUUUAGCACAAUGCUUGAUCCAGGAACUCCGGAUUGCUACAUGGAACCAAACGGCAGCCAAGUCGAGAGCAGUUCUUUGGAGACUGAGGAUCUGUCCUUUGAGGGUGCACAUCUGCAAGCCAAUGGCAAACCGGACUUAUCUUUUGGGGAGUGGAAUUCAUUUGGGGAGGGCAUCCAGCUGGAUGUCAGUGACUAUUGGUCUAUAUCGGCAGCAUCAACUCCCCCGGAAUGUUUGCAAGUGGAGGAAUAUGAUGGUGCAAAUCAACAGUCAUCCUGGUCAAUAAGAAAGGCCAUUAAUUGGUCCGAGCUCCAGAAAACAUUUGAAUGUUGCUUCCCUGCCUUGGAGUCCACUCUGGAGGAAGCUGUCGCUGGAUCCAUAAGACCACUGUCACACCUGAUGGAAAGUGCAACAGAGGUCCCCACCUCCAGCUCGGCAGUGACAGGUGCUGCCCCCUUGUGGCAGUGUCUAUUAACGGAGUCCCAAAGUCCAAAGUUGUCGGCGCCCAGCCUCCAUCCACACUCCCAAGGAAGCUUGCUGGCCGCACUCAACAUAACAAUGCCAGCUGUCGCUUUGCAACAGGAUGGGACUCCUGCUGCACUAGAUCCCGAGGAGGGCGAUAUGGAGUCACUGGACCCCAACAGCACCUUGACGUUGAUCCAAACCAAGCUGUUGCCACCCCCCCAGUGCCGGGAUGGCCCAGGCUUCAUCUACCAGAUCUCCCACCAGUGGUUCUCCCAGUACAGCCUGCGCCUGCAGGGCCAGGAAUCCCGGAAAGGCUUCUUCCUGUGAGCUCCUCUCCAUAGCAACCAGCUUCUGUGUUUCCAGCACCAACUUCUCUAUUCCAGAAGCCUUGUAAAAUUCACAGGCACAACUUUUUUUGUACACUUGGUGAUAACUGAAAUGUGUAUAUAUAUUUUUUUAUAUGCUAAGAAUAAUUUCAUACCUGGCACUUCCAGAGCCAGAAACUGGCUUCUAUUCAGAGCAGUAGAGGCAAAAUGUCUUUCCGGUGAAAGGCUUCCAGCCCUCUGAACAGAAUCAGUCCUGCUAACCGCUUCCUCUCGCUGCCCCCAAGCCAGAAGAAAUGCAUCUUUUUAUUCAGAUAUGGCACGUCUGGAACGUGCAUCCAGGUGUUGAAGGUGCCCUUCAUGAGUGCAGGGUCCUUUCGCCUCUUGACUCGUGGUCAAAUGUAUCCCCAGUUUGAUUCCCCCCUCCUGCGUGGAUCUGAGUCCCGUGAAGGCUGACGCGCUAGGCUGCGGAGCUGCAUGCAAAAAAAGCAUUUGGUGUUACGAAAGAAUUUAAUCACAGUGAUGAUGCAGCCCAUGUAUAGUAAAACAAGUCAGUCUGGAAUCAGGCUGUGACAAUUUUGAACAUUGCACUGAGUUAUUUAUUAUUUGCUACUUACACAUAUAUAAGCCUAAAUAAAGUAUAUUUGAGAAAUA